AGAACGACUGCAUUUGAGUCUGCACAGCACAACAGUAGGGAUAUUUUUUGUCACUCGAAUUCUAACUCAUUUUUUGUGCUACGUUCUCAAUGGUUGAUACAAUGAAAUUACAAUUUCUAAAGAAAAUCUUUGCCGAAUCGAACGUGCAUGGAAUCGGAUUGAUUUUCCGACCGCGACAACAUCUGCUUGAAAGGUUACUUUGGAUCUCGUUAAUCUGCACAUCACUCUACUUCGCCUUAACAGUUUGCCGCAAGGAAUGGCAUCGCUAUCAAGACAAUUCCGUUGUUCUAUCCCUGGAGACGAAUUGGAGGAAUUGGGAAUAUCUUGCGCCCGGAGUGACUAUAUGCACGGACUACAUUGACGACACACGAGCGAAUAAUUUUGUUGAAACGAAUUGGAAUUUGUCGGAAAACGAUUCAAAUUUUCCGAUUUAUAAAAACUUCGUUGAAGUUAUUGCACGGACGACGUAUGGAAAUUUACAGGAAUUACGUCAAUUUUCGAAGUACACAUUUUUACAUGGACUGAACUUACUACAAAUUGCACGAGAAAUGCGAGAGGACUUGCUACCAGAAUCUGGUUUUAAUUUGGUGACCACUGAAAUGGGCGUAUGUUUUUCGUCCACUUAUUUGUACUUAUUGCAAAAUGUCACGGAACGAACUGUUGAGACAACAUUACCAAAUGGUGACUUAUGUCGAUCGACACUUUCCCAAGACUCAUGUUCCUUGACUGUAUAUCCACCUAGGACGGUGGAACCGGAAGAUACACACACUCAAACGUUGUUCGUACACAAUAAGGAUGACGUUCUAAACCCUACUAAAGCGAUCGUAUACAAUUUCACUGCCGAAACCACAACUUCUAUGGAAUUGGUCAUCAAUUCGAUUGUGCCUAGUAACAAACUUGAACAACUGUCGCCAGCUCAGCGAAAAUGUUAUUUCGCUUCCGAACUGCCGCUGAAGUACUUCAACAUUUACACAACGAAUCUCUGUUUGAUUUCAUGUCGCAUCGACGCUGCAGUAAAAUAUUGUGGUUGCAUACCGUUCUUCUACAGUAUCAAUUCUACACAUGCUCCCGCUUGCAAUGUUCUGGGCAUGGCAUGCCUUUCCAAUAAAUGGUACAGAAGCAUUUUCAAUACGUCACAAUUUGAUAAAACAUGUAAUUGCCUACCGCUAUGCAGCAACUUUGAAUAUAGACGAGCCACCGUACAAGAACAGACGUACUUUGAAUUUAUGUCUUCGGUCGAGUUAGUAAUUAACUGCCCAAAGAACCGUUUAAAACGUGGAGUGGUAUACAGUGCUGACAAUUUAUUAGUUGCAUUUGGCGGAGCUUUCGGAUUCGCCCUGGGCUGCAGCAUCAUCAGCAUUGUGGAAUUUGUAUUCUUUAUCGUGGAAAUUUGCAUCGAAAAAGUCGUGGAUCUUUUAUCGACACUCCAAGCGAGGAAAUCAUAAUUUUACUGUGGCACUGUGUUUGAGAUUAUGCGAGUUCUGAGUUCACA